UAUUUUUUAACUCUGCCAUUUUUAAUGAGAAUUUUUCUUUUGCUGUACUUCCGCUGUUCUUUUAAUUCUUGAAGAUGUUAGACCAUUUCAAGAUUGCUCUUUGAACAAAAUUUACAUAUACAAUUUUAAGAUGCUAAUAACAGAAAUCUGUAAGGGCAGUUUUGCGCGAGGCUCUUUACAAAUCCUACGUUCUCUAUUUCAUUAUCAUCGUUCCAAUCAAAGAGUACAAGAUUCUUUCGAACUUAGCUGCAAUUUCAAAGUUGCCGCCUUUGAAGUAGCGCCACUUGCUGAUUGUAGGUGGAAGCUUCUCUUCAAGGUCACCUGACCGUUCAAUCCUCAUUAUUAUCGUUUCAAAAGUACCCUUUGAAAUUCUUCUAAGCGCAUUUUGUCGGUGUCUGAAUGUUUUGAAAAAGGUCUAUAAAAGUUCAUCAGAUCAUGUCACACCUAUCUGAGUAACCGCCGCAGCCAAUAUUGCGAGAGCAAACGGCGUUAACAACGGCAACGGCACAACGACGCGCCAGCAACGGCAGAAGCAAUGGCGGCGACAGUAAUCGUGCAGUGGCGCCAUCGUAGCGCACUCUUUGAUCGUGUGCCGUGUUCUCAUUUAGCCGCCUCCCGUCCUGGCAAGAGGACCAGGCCUGACCAGACCUGACCGUCGCGAUCCAAGGCAGGUUGUGCCGUUUUGUGAGUGCGUGCCCUCAUCAAGAUGGCUUUGUCCGCUGCGGCGCAGUGAUAUUGCUCCGGACGAGAGAGAGAUCCUCAUCCAGCGAGAGUUGGAUUACUCCGGAGUGCUGAAGCGAGGUGGGAAAAAAAGCCGCCAGCACGACGACAAUCACGAUCGCGACGACGGGUAGGAAGGCGCUAGCCAACAACGUCCCAAGCGGCGCGGAGAUGUGACGCUCGUCAGCGAACCGAUGGCAGAAAUACCCGAGAUGGAAUCGCCUUCGGCCCGUCAGGACUGUCUCGUUGAGGCCCAAGAGGAUUCCACCUCAGUGGAGGCCGGGGCGGAAGGCGCACCGUCGCCAGGCGGGACGGCAUCGGCAACAAUAAUGACAACAGACAUCGUCGGCGGCGACGACGACGAUAACGCGGCGGGUCCAUCCGUCGUACCGGACUCGAGCGACGAUUUGAUGAUGGUGUGCGAGAGACUGGACGAGAGACCGGAGGACGACAGACCCGAAGCGAGACAAUCGAGUGAUAAGCCGGAGGAGAAUCAAGGGGAAGGGGAAAGGGGAGAAGAAGAAGCGAACAUGGGUCUAACGGUGGGGAAGAGAGCCAACGAAGAGGAGAAAAAUGAGAAGAACGACGAGAACGACGCGAAAUUAACGGUAGACACUCUUCAGGAGCUUGAAGAAUCGCCGAGAAUACCCGAUACUCAAGAUCACGACGUCGGAGAGCCCUCGGAGGGAUCGUGGGAGAGCGGCCUCGAGAAGCCCGCGUCGCCGGAUGUUUCCAGGAAGAGACCAGCCGCGGGCGACUUCCUGCCGAUCGGCGCGGAGAUCAAGAGGAUCGGCAUCGAGAUUCCGGAGGAGCAGGCGACCCAGCUGAGGAACGACGUCAGGAGGCUGUCGCCGGUGCUGGUGAGCCUGCGGGAGAGGACCCUGGGCGAGGUGUCCCUGACCUCGGAGUCCUCCUGUCUCUUCGGGGACGAGCUCGAAGGUAGGAUAACGCCGAGGUGCAACGACAUCGUCCCGGCGGGAUCGUUUCAGAUGACAAACGAUUCCGGAACGAUUCAGGAUUCAGUCGGUCAGAAUCGCGAUGAGCAGGACGCGGGCGAGGAGGAAGAAAAAGAAGCGAUCGAUAGGAUCGGCGCGGAUCCUUCGGAUGCCGCGGAGUGCACGAGCAGCGGCGACGUCGUGGCCGCGUUAAACUGCGCGAGCGAAAAGAUGGAUUACGACAUUGAAGGCGAAAUUACGUCGCUCGGCGUCGAUGUGGCAUCUCCGAUAUUCUCGCGAAGCGACGAGAAUUCGGACGGGACGCGUCGGGACGACGUCGGAGACGGGAACCUGGCCGUGAACAUGGCUGGAAGCGAGCCCUGCACUCCGACCAGAAAAUGCGUCGUCGAAGCGACGACGAGUCCCGCGGUGCCGUCAAGUCCCGUCUGUCGAAAUUUAAGCGUCGUACUGAACCGCAUCGAGGAGGAGGACUUGAAGAAGAAGAGCGCCCUGAUAAACACGAACGUCGACGAGAAUAUAUGGGACUACGUUGUCGGAGAGGGUUCGCCUUACACCGACGAAAGACGAGAUUUCGUCGAGGUGGCGUCGCGCGAUUCACUCGCGGAGACUUCGGAGAGCCCGGAGAGGAGUGCGAAGAAGCAACGGCAAAGCGGCUCCUCUCCGACAACCAGAUCGAAGAAGCACGAGCUGGCGGAGGGCGCGCGCAGUCCGGACAGUGGACUGAUCCUGAAGAAGUGUAAGGUGGUGCUGGAGCGAAUCGGCGAGGGGCACCCGUCGCGAUCGGAGACCGCGGAGGUUGCAGGCGAAACCAGCGUGAGGGGGACGACGCUCGAGAAGGACGACGAGUCCGCGCCCGUCGCGGUGAUCGGCAAGCUCGAGGUGGACGAGGAGGUGGUGCUGGCGAGCUCGUCGCCCGCGGCCGAGGACAGUCGCGUGUCCAACGAGCUGGACUCGUCGGAGACGAUGCCGAGCUCGCCGGAGGAGGCGCCGGAGGUGUCGGUGGACGUUGCCGAGGGCGUCGACACCGAGACGGAGACGGAGACCGGCUCGGACAGCUCGGAGGUCUCGCCCAUCACGAGCAUCCGCCACGAGUUGCGCGACGUCGACAUGGCGCCCGAUCAUCAGCUACCCUGCUCCGACGGGGUCGCCCUGUGCUGCGUGGAAGCGAUGGCGCCGAUCAUGACGAGAUUGGAGGCCGACCGGCCGGAGGCGUACACGGAGGACUCCGCCGAGAGCCUGGCCCUGGCGACCGGCGCCAGGGACGAGGUCAGAUCCGACGGGAGCGACUCCGGACUGGGGAACGAGAUCCCCGGUGAUCCAGGACCAGCGCCUGCACCGGAAAGCGAUUCGGAGACAUCUUUCCUCGACAGGCUGCCGGACGACAUCCUCUCCGACAAGGAGAAAGGUGUGAAUCAGUUGGACGGCUACGCGACGUCCUCAGGGACGCCCGGGACGCCGGGGCAGCUGCCCCUGACGAGCUUCCGAACGCUUCCGGCCAAGAGCAACCUGAAGCGCAGGCUGACCGACUGCAUGGAGGGCGACGAGUCGCGGGGCAACGUCGACGAGCCGUUGAAGAAGAAGCGCAACAUCCAGUUCGACGCGGUGACGGUCUAUUACUUCCCCAGGGCGCAGGGCUUCACCUGCGUACCUUCCCAGGGCGGCAGCACCCUGGGCAUGAGCGCGACGCACACGCACGCGGAGAGGUUCUCGUUGUCGGAGCACGCAGCCGAGCAGAGGCGGAUCCAUCGCGCGCGCCUCGCGCAGCUGCGCUCCGAGCGCAACUGCGCCAACAACUGCGUGACCGAGACGGCGUCCAGCUCGGAGGAUCCCAGCGACGACACCGACGAGGAGCCGAGCGACAACGAGGAGCUCGACAUCGACAGCUAUUACUUCCUGCAGCCGGUGCCGACGUGGCAGCGCCGAGCGCUACUUAGAGCCGCCGGUGUGCGGAGGAUAGACGCCGUCGAGAAGGACGAGUGCCGCGACAUCCGCGCCAGCAGGGAGCACUGCGGAUGUGGCUGCAAGGGAUAUUGCGAUCCCGAGAGCUGUCCUUGUAGUAGGGCCAACGUAAAGUGUCAGGUGGAUCGACCGGGUUUCCCAUGCGGCUGCACGCGGGACGGUUGCGCGAACAGCACAGGCAGGAUCGAGUUUAAUCCGGUGCGGGUGCGAACGCAUUUCAUUCACACGCUGAUGCGACUGGAGUUGGAGAAGAAGCAACGCGACGAGGACGGUGGUGGCGAUCACGAUCAGGUGAUGGACAAUCAGGGGCAUAACGGCCGGGGCGCACGUCCCCUGAGGGACAUCGGUACCCUGGGGAUGGACACCGUGGGCGGCGACGUGUGCGCGAUCCCAGGCACGGGACCCGGCGGAGGCGGAUUCACAACUUUACACUACGAGACAGGUCACGAGAGUGUCGGCGUGGCCAGCUGCCAGCCGGAGGUGCCCGGCACGCGGGAGGACAGCCUGGACUUGUACGCCAUCAGGGACGACUGUUACGCGAGCGAGGACGCGGUGGACAGUAGCCAGUCGGUCGUUGUGCAGCGGAAGCUGCACCCGGAAUUCGGCCAGGCCUUCCAGAGCUUCUCGCCUGGCGUGCCGAGCGGCGGCGCCGCCGGCGGCGGCGGUGGCGGCGGUGGUGGCGGCGGCGGCGGUAUGAGCUUCCAGCAGUCCUCGUACCAGGACUACGGGUCACCGUACGCGACUCUGCCGUCCACGUCGCGGUUCCAGCCGCCACCGCCGCAGUUCCAAUCGCCGCCCAAUCCGGUCGCUUUCGCGCACUACGGGCCCUACGGCGGGCCGCAGGACACCGCGGGCGCCGCUCUGCAGGGUGGCUGCGCCGGCCAGGUGCAUCAGAUGCCGCAGCCGCCGCCCCCGCAGAGCCAGCAGCAGCAGCAACAGCAACAGCAGCAGCAGCACUCGUCCUACGACGCGACGGUGUUCGCGCAGGACGACGCCGCGAGUACCGCGCAGUACACGAACCUCACCAACUCGGUGCAGCCGAUGAACGCGACGGUGGUGCAGCAGAUGCAGGGCAAGCUCGAGCCCUUCUCGGAGCUGCUCAGCGGCAGGUACUCGUAUUACGGUGAGAUGCACGAGCCGCAGCAGCAUCACAGUACUUACGGUGCGCACGGCACGGCCGGCAAAGUCGUGGAGAUGAUCGAGCCGGGUCAGAUCACCGGCGAGCAGCAGCCCGACGGCGCGUCCGAGGACUGCGACGAGAACUUCGGCGAGAUCAUCAAGAAGUCCAUGGUGGAGACCGUGUCUGCCUAGGAUGAAGGGAGCCUACCUCGCGUCGGAAAUGUCUAGGACGAAUUACCGGAGACGCUCGGUGCGUGUCGAAAAAUCGCCGCCGGUCUCUUCAAAAUCGGAUGGGGUGAAGCCCCUUUCCUGUCCGCGCGACGAACUCGAGAACGAGGAACUCGAUCCUUAACGCUCGACAGUCGUUCUUUUCGUCUAGGUUCAAACGACGUUCGAACAACGGACUCUGCCGAAUACAAGGACAUUCGACACACACACACACAAACACACUCCGUGAACGACGUUAAUAAUUCGGUUCCUUCAAAGCCUGGAAGAUCGAGUCCGUCGGAUCUCUUCCAAUUUUGCGAUAAUCUCGAAAGCGAGGACUUCGAAGAACAAGCUAGAUGAAAGAGGGGACUCCGCGGGGUUGUUGACAGUUCAUCCUUGCGAUAUUUGAAUAAAGGGAGGGGGUGAAUAUGGUGCCCUCCGAGGGAGAUGAACCGUCUCCUGGGGCCUCGGGUUUUUUGAGAGAUCUCGCCCAGAGAUCGUUAGAGAAUUUUACGGCUACGACGUGUGCGUCCGCCCGGGAUGGAGAGACUCGCAAUGUCAUCGUCGGCGGUGUCCUUAAUCCUCAAGAACCGCGCUGACUAAGUCACUUCGCGAUAUGAAGAUCUUGUUUUUACAACGAGAAUAGAAUUUCUCGUUUGAAUUUUUCCGCAGUAAAAGUGCGGAAGAAUGGUAGCAAAUCGUGGGGUCCAGUAAACAUCAACUAACGGUAACAUUACAUCAAUAUUACAAUUACCUCAAAAAUACAAAUUGUUGUACAACACAUGUUUAUUACAUUUAUAUUGUUGAGCGAAAAAUUAUAAAUUGCUGUAACUAUAAUUGUCACUGUUAACUGAUGUUUACCGAGGAGUGACUCGUCCGAUGCGGGACGGCGACGAUGUAACGUUCGAGCGAGACGACGACGGGGAUCUGGGGCCUGGGGAGGUGGAAAUCCCCAAAGCUCUCGGAUUCUCGUCGCGGAAUCUUCAAGAGCGAUCCGUGAGCCAUGGUGGGAAAAGAUUUCAACGAGGUUGUGACCAAGAAAAAAAAAAUAACACAUGGGAUCAGCUUAUAGAUUGCAGUUUAUAAUACCUAACUUUUAAGCAUUAAAGGACGACUGCGACCCGGAAAGCGGAGUUGCGAGUCCUUUUUAGGCGAGCCUCGAGUCCGAGGAGGCUGCGUAUAAUGUAUCGAUCUAGAGCGAAUCUGCGCUCGCUCUAAUUCGAGAGAAUCGUUCUGGGAUGCAUGUACACAAACAAAAAAAAACACACACACACACACGUGCAUACACACACGUACAUACGUACAUACAGUUGAAUUUUGAAA